UUUGGGAGGCUGGUUGUAGCCUUCUUUUGGGCACUCUUGAAGGUCAAGAUAGGAGAUCCAUCAACAAUAGAAGAUCAAGGAUUUCAAUUAUCUCAAAUUAGGAUGUUAGUGCAUGACCCGUAGUAGUGGUGGUGAUCUUGUUCCAUUUGAUCCAAAAAUUGAGAGAACUUUUAGGGAGUUUUUAAGAGAGCAAAAGCAUAACAUCAUGGUAGAAGAAGGACAAAAUAAUGCACGCACUAUUGGUUCAUAUGCCACCCCAUCCCUUGAAGGAAUAGCAUCCAGCAUUAGGAGGCCAGCGAUUCAAGCCAAUAACUUUGAAAUCAAACCAGCUACCAUUCAAAUGAUCCAACAAACUGUCCAAUUCAGUGGUUUGCCUAAUGAAAAUCCUUAUUCUCAUAUUGCUAGUUUUCUUGAAAUUUGCGAUACUUUUAAGGCUAAUGGUGUUAGUAAUGAGUCUGUUAGGCUUACAUUAUUUCCAUUUUCUUUGCGUGAUAAAGCCAAGAGUUGGCUUCAAUCUUUUCCUGCAGGUCAUUUUACCAUAUGGAAUGUUUUGGUAGAUAAAUUCAUAGCUAAAUUUUUUCCUCCUUCGAAAACAGCUAAGUUGAGAAAUGACAUUACUACUUUUGUUCAAUUUGAUAAUGAGUCAUUAUAUGAGGCAUGGGAAAGAUUUAAGGAAUUGCUUAGGCAAUGUCCAAAUCAUGGUUUACCUGUUUGGCUCCAAAUGCAGACUUUUUAUAAUGGUAUGACUCCUCCUAAUCGUUCUAUAAUUGAUGUAGCUGCAGGGGGUAAUCUUAUGAAUAAGACAGAGGAGGAUGGUUAUAAGCUGUUAGAUGAAAUGGCCUCUAAUAGUUAUCAAUGGACUAAUGAUAGAGCUACCAAAAAGGGAGUUGGUUUACGUAAUGUUGAUGCUUUUACUUCUUUAUCUGCUCAAAUUUCUGCUUUGAAUAAAAAGUUAGAUAAUUUAGGAGCAUCAGCAAUGAGUAUUUCAUCUAAUAGUUGCUGUGAAUUGUGUGGGCAAUUUGGUCAUGCUAGUGUUGAAUGUCAAGUAGGCAAUUCAAUUCAAUCUUCUAAUGAGCAAGCUAAUUUUGUUUCUUCUGGUGAAACGCAACUUGGACAGAUUGCUGAUAUGGUUUCUGGAAGAGUUCAAGGGGGUUUGCCAAGCAAUAGUGAAAAGAAUCCAAGGGAGCAAUUAAAGGCUAUCACUUUGAUGAGUGGGAAAGAACUUAAAAAGGUAGGACAAUCUGAUGGGAAAGAAGAAGGUGUGGAAGAUGGUGAAUCAAAGCAAGAGGAGGAGCCUAAAAGACUUUUUCAUGAUCCAAAUGUCAAGCCUUAUAAGCCGAAAAUUCCUUUUCCCCAAAGAUUUUUGCAAGCUAAUUUAGACAAGCAGUUUUCUAAAUUUUUAGAGGUGUUUAAAAAAUUACAUAUUAAUAUUCCUCUUAUUGAUGCUAUUUCGCAGAUGCCAAGGUAUGCAAAAUUUUUGAAGGAGAUCCUUGCCAAUAAAAGGAAGUUAGAGGAGUUCGAGAUGGUGAAGUUAAAUGAAGAGUGCUCUACUAUUCUUCAGAAUAAAUUACCUCCUAAGUUGAAGGAUCCAGGGAGUUUUUCUAUUCCUUGUAUUAUUGGCAAUGUUAAUUUUGAUAAGGCUUUGUGUGAUUUGGGUGCUAGCAUUAAUUUGAUGCCUUUUCAUGUAUUUAGGAAACUUGGAUUAGGAGAACCUACACCUACCACAGUUUCUCUUCAAUUGGCAAAUAUGAGCAUUAAAUAUCCAAGAGGAGUGGUAGAGGAUGUUUUGGUAAAAGUUGAUAAAUUUAUCUUUCCUGUUGAUUUUAUUGUUCUUGACAUGGAAGAGGAUUUUGAAAUGCCUUUGAUUCUUGGUAGACCGUUCCUUGCUACUGGUAGAGCGCUUAUUGAUGUUCAACAAGGGAAACUUAGCCUUAGAAUACAUGAUGAGGAGAUUGUUUUUAAUGUGUUUGAUGCUAUGAAAAAUUGUAAUCAUGAUGGUAGUACUGUUUUAAGGAUUGAUGUGGUAGACAGUGUAGUGGCUGAAAAUUUUAAUGCUUCUAGAUUAGAUGAUCCUAUUGAUAAUUGCAUUGUUAAUGCUUUGGAUGUGAAAGUUGAUAGUGCAGACAAUAACAUUUUGGUGGCAGCAGCUAUUCUUGGGGAAAAAUGCCAUAGGCAGCCACAAAAAGGAGGGAAUUUUUUGCCCUUAGAUGCACCGUCCACUGUGAUAGUCAAGCCAUCCAAAGAGGAGCCCCCUACUCUUGAAUUAAAACCUCUUCCUUCUCAAUUAAAGUAUGUUUAUUUGGGUGAUUCAAAUACCUUACCUGUUAUAAUUUCUGCUUCUUUGACAGGAAUAGAGGAGGAGAAACUCUUAAGGGUGUUGCGAGAACACGAAGGAGCUAUAGGAUGGAGCAUAGCGGAUAUUAAAGGAGUUAGCCCUUCGGUUUGCAUGCAUAAAAUCUUGUUGGAUGAGGGGCACAAGCCGAUUGUUCAGCCUCAAAGACGCCUUAAUCCUAACAUGCAAAAGGUGGUAAAAAAGGAGGUAAUCAAAUGGUUGGAUUCAGGUAUUAUUUUUCCUAUCUCUGAUAGUACUUGGGUGAGUCCUGUGCAAGUAGUGCCUAAAAAGGUUGGGACAACUGUGGUAAAAAAUGAAAAUGAUGAAUUAAUUCCCACUAGAAUAAUAACAGGGUGGAGAGUGUGCAUAGAUUAUAGGAAACUUAAUGAAGCUACUAGAAAAGACCAUUAUCCACUGCCAUUUAUUGAUCAAAUGAUUGAAAAACUUGCUGGACAUGAAUAUUAUUGUUUUUUGGAUGGUUAUUCUGGUUAUCAUCAAAUUCCUAUUGCUCUUGAGGAUCAAGAGAAAACAACAUUUACUUGCCCAUAUGGUACUUUUGCUUUUAGACGAAUGCCUUUUGGUUUGUGCAACGCUCCAGGUACGUUCCAAAGAUGUGUGAUGGCUUUAUUUGCUGAAUUUGUUGAUGAGUUCAUGGAAAUUUUUAUGGAUGAUUUUUCAGUUUUUGGCUCUUCAUUUGAUGGAUGCUUACAUAAUCUAUCUAGGGUGCUUAAAAGAUAUGAGGAAACUAACCUAGUAUUGAAUUGGGAAAAAUGCCAUUUUAUGGUUAGGGAAGGUAUAGUGCUAGGUCAUAAAGUAUCCUCUAAAGGUAUUGAAGUUGAUAGAGCUAAAGUUGAGAUAAUUGAAAAGCUUGCUCCUCCUAAAUCAAUUAAAGAAUUUAGAAGUUUUCUUGGACAUGCUGGUUUUUAUAGGAGAUUUAUUAAGGACUUCUCAAAAAUUGCUAAGCCUCUUACUAAUCUCUUGGUUAAGGAAACACCAUUUUUCUUUGAUGAUGAUUGUAUGAAUGCUUUUCAAUUGUUGAAAGAGAAAUUGGUUAAUGCUCCUAUUGUUGUUGCACCUUGUUGGGAUUUACCUUUUGAGAUAAUGUGUGAUGCUAGUAAUGAUGCUUUAGAGUUGCUUGCUGUGGUGUUUGCUUUUCAAAAGUUUAGGCCUUAUCUAAUUUUGUCCAAGGUGAUUGUUCAUACUGAUCAUUCUGCACUUAAAUAUCUGCUUGCUAAAAAAGAUGCCAAACCUAGGUUGUUGAGAUGGAUUUUGUUGCUACAAGAGUUUGACUUAGAAAUUAAGGAUAGAAAAGGUGUAGAAAAUUCUGUUGCUGAUCAUUUGUCCAGGUUAGAUGAGGUGCAUGUGGAAUGUGGGGAUGAUCAAUUUUUGCUUGAUGAGUUUCCAGAUGAGCAAUUGUGUUUAGUUUCUUUGUGUGCUUUGUCUUCUUUACCUUGGUACGCAAAUUUUGUUAAUUAUCUUGUUGUCUUACCCCCUAACUUGUCUUUUCAACAGAAAAAGAAGUUCUUUUCUGAUAUUAAACAUUAUUUGUGGGAGGAACCAUUUUUUUACAAGAUAUGUGGUGAUGGAAUGAUUCGGAGAUGUGUACCACAAGAAGAGAUAGAUGCUAUUUUGAGUUUUUGUCAUGACAAAGAAGCUGGUGGUCAUUGUGGUGCCUCCAAAACAACAUCUAUGGUUUUGCAAUGUGGAUUUUAUUGGCCUUCUUUAUUUAAAGAUACUUAUGCUUAUGUGAAUGCAUGUGACCAAUGUCAAAGAACUGGUAAUAUUUCUAGGAGACAUGAAAUGCCUUUGACUAAUAUUUUGGUGUGUGACAUAUUUGAUGUUUGGGGGAUAGAUUUCAUGGCUCCUUUUCCUUCAUCUUUUGGCAAAGCAUAUAUUCUUGUUGCGGUAGAUUAUGUGAGUAAAUGGGUAAAGGCUAUUGCAUGUCCUACUAAUGAUGCUAGGGUGGUAGUUAAAUUUUUUAAGAGUAAUAUUUUCACUAGAUUUGGCACACCUAGGGCUGUUAUUAGUGAUGGAGUUAACUUGUUUAGGAAAGAUUGGUCACUCAAAUUAGAUUAUGCACUUUGGGCUUAUAGGACAGCUUACAAAACUUCGAUAGGUAUGUCUCCUUAUAGGUUAGUUUUCGGUAAGGCUUGUCACCUUCCUGUGGAACUUGAGCAUAAGGCAUAUUGGGCUAUUAAAUACUUGAAUUUUGAUUUGAAAGAUGCAGGUGAACAUAGAAAAUUGCAGUUGAAUGAAUUGGAAGAAUUACGACUUGCUGCCUAUGAAAAUGCCAAGAUCUACAAGGAACGAACCAAGGCAUGGCAUGAUCUACAUGUGCAAAAGAAAGAGUUUCACGUGGGUGACAAGGAACCAUUUCUUUACAAGAUAUGUGGUGAUGGAAUGAUUCGAAAAUGUGUACCACAAGAAGAGGUAGAUGCAAUUUUGAGUUUUUGUCAUGACAAAGAAGCUGGUGGUCAUUUGGGUACCUCCAAAACAACAUCUAAGGUUUUGCAAUGUGGAUUUUAUUGGCCUUCUUUAUUUAAAGAUGCUUAUGCUUAUGUGAGUGCAUGUAACCAAUGCCAAAGAACUGAUUUCAUGGGUCCUUUUCCUUCAUCUUUUGGCAAAGCAUAUAUUCUUGUUGCGGUAGAUUAUGUGAGUAAAUGGGUAGAGGCUAUUGCAUGUCCUACUAAUGAUGCUAGGGUGGUGGUUAAAUUUUUGAAGAGUAAUAUUUUCACUAGAUUUGGCACACCUAGGGCUGUUAUUAGUGAUGGAGUUAAUUUGUCUAGGAAAGAUUGGUCACUCAAAUUAGAUGAUGCACUUUGGGCUUAUAGGACAGCUUACAAAACUCCGAUAGGUAUGUCUCCUUAUAGGUUAGUUUUUGGUAAGGCUUGUCAUCUUCCUGUGGAACUUAAGCAUAAGGCAUAUUGGGCUAUUAAAUACUUGAAUUUUGAUUUGAAAGAUGCAGGUGAACAUAGAAAAUUGCAGUUGAAUGAAUUGGAAGAAUUACGACUUGCUGCCUAUGAAAAUGCCAAGAUCUACAAGGAACGAACCAAGGCAUGGCAUGAUCUACAUGUGCACAAGAAAGAGUUUCAUGUGGGUGACAAGGUUCUUCUUUUCAAUUCUCGAUUGCGACUCUUUCCAGGUAAGUUGAAAUCCCGAUGGAGUGGUCCUUUUGUGGUGACUAAGGUUUUCCCUUAUAGAGUUGUUGAAAUUUCACAUAAUACUAAGGGAAUGUUUAAGGUAAAUGGCCAAAGGUUGAAAAUUUAUGUUGAAGGUGGUAAUUUUCCAGCAUUUAAUUCCACCAUUUUAUUGAAAGACCCUUGAUCAUUUUGUAGUGAUAGUCAAGCUAAUGAUUGUAAAGAAGCGCUUAAUGGGAGGCAACCCAUCAAAAAAAAAAAUUGUUAUUUGACAUUUUUCUGUUUUGCAUUGAGUUAUUUAAUUCUUUUAUUCAUUUUUUUUUUAAGUUUUUUCUUUGACAUUUUCUUUUUAUUCAAUUCUUUUAUUCAUUUUCAUUUUUCUAAUUUUGGCUGGGUCAGUUUUUUAUUACCCUUUUUGCAGCAGUUUAGGCAACUAUAACAAGAACUUUUGGCUCUAGAGGAACACACUGCAUGUCUACAACAGGAAGAGCAAGAUAGGGGAGUAUUGUCUUUCUUCUCUUAUUUAUUUGUUUUACAUUGAGGACAAUGUUAAUUUUAAGUUUGGGGGAGGAUAUUUUUUGUGUUCUUGCUUUUGUUGUGGUUUGAAGUGAUAGAAUAUUGGAUGCAUGUGUGCGAGUUUAAUUUUCCAGCAUGGUAUGAAUAUAGUCAGAUGAGCCUAUACAUAUUUUUGUUGCAUAGAUGCUACAAGUGAGGGAUAUUGUUUUUCUUUGAUGAUUAGGUCAAAAUUUAGUAAUACCUUGAUGAGAGGAGUUGAGGGCUUUGACUUUAUAAUUGUUUUGGUUGGAAAUUAUAUGCAUCUUGUGAGUAGGUUUCAUUGUUUUUGUGAUGACUAUCCUGUCUAAUUAUCCCUGGAAACUGCUUUGAAAAAAAAAAAAAGUCAAAUGUUUC